AUGUCAGCCAGAAAGGGCUAUCUUCAUCUUCCGUCAAAUUAUACCACAGCGAUGACAUGCCCCAACAACCAAGCCGCAAACCCGUUUUUCGUGGACUCCUUAAUCAACACCGGGUCAUAUUACCAAAGUAACGGCGUGUAUUUGCCACCGGCGUCGGACUAUUCAUAUGGACUGUCCGGUGGCGCGUGUUUCCCGGGGAUCGGUAAGCGAAACGAGCCGAACAGCCAAAGCGUGAUCCCGUCCUCGGCUCCGUAUGGGACGGAGACGUGGCUGGAGACGUCGAGGUCCUGCCGCGGAGACGAGCCGAGCGGCCAGCACAUGGCUCAGUGUUCGUUCUCCCCGAGCAUAAAAGAAGAGAGCUCAUACUGCCUGUACGAGUCCGACAAAUGUUCGAAAGGAACCACGGUGGACGACUACACGGCUGCCUCAUGCCCCGUUACCGGCAGCACCGUGCCUGUCCCCGGCUACUUCCGCCUGUCUCAGACCUACGCGUCCUCCAGGCUUUACCACGACGCGCACCCCAACGUGAAUCACUUUACGCCGCAACGACCCGCGCGCGUGGAGUCUCAGAAUUCCCAGCCUGCGAUCGAUUCUCUGGAUCCCGAUCGGAGGGAGAACCACGAAGAGGCGCCCGUGCCUGCGCCGUGCGUCCCGGCCAGGGAGGAGGACAGCCGUCUGUGCUCCGAAGGCUCGUCCUCGCCUGAACCCGCGGAGCACUGCGGAGAGGAUUGUCCGGAAAAGACCGUCAAAGGAGAAGGUAAGAGUGAGAGCACCGCGAACUGGCUGACCGCUAAGAGCGGCCGGAAGAAGCGCUGUCCUUACACCAAACACCAGACUCUGGAGCUGGAGAAGGAGUUUCUCUUCAACAUGUACUUGACUAGAGAGCGCCGUCUGGAGAUCAGCCGCAGCGUGCACCUCACUGACAGGCAAGUCAAAAUCUGGUUCCAAAACAGGAGGAUGAAACUUAAAAAAAUGAGCCGGGAAAACAGGAUCCGAGAGCUCUCCGGCAACUUUACCUUCUCCUGA